CUGCAUAAUUAAUAGCUCUGGAAAUGCAGCCUUGAAGGGAGACUGAGCAUUUAUCAGUCCAUUAUGGGUGGACAGAAUGCCUUUGUCAACCGCUCCUGCUGUAUAUGUUGUCGUCGUCGAAUCACAUCAGCACGCCCUGGAGCAUAUUCACUUCAUGCUUCGAAGAAAAAAAAUCUUUAGUGAUUGGUCAAUGUUACACUUUGACGCUCAUCCAGACCUGGCAGUGCCGCAUCCAAUUGUUCCGGCUAUUGCUUGCUUUCAACCUCAUCGACCUUUGGCACCAACCCGAAAGACAGACAAGGAUGACGCCACAAGCGCUACACCGAAGAAUCUUUACGAAAUGUUGGAUGACACGGCUUCUGGAAUUGCCGAGUGGAUUUUGCCUCUGGCUUUGGCGGCUGGAUUGGAGCGGAUCCAGUGGAUUCGCCCUGCUCAGUCUCGUCUCUCUCAGCUUCCGGUCGGUCAAAAUCGGUACCGGGUAGGAGCUUGGAUUCCGCACGACACGCGCUCUAGGAAAAUCCUUUCCUUUUUGGACCUGCCGGAAAGCGCUCCCGUGAAGGUAGAUUGGCCGUGCCCCUACUACAUGGACGACUUUUCGUGCGUGCCGACGGACGAGUUGGCUUUGCCCCAGCUUGUCAAUUUAGAAGUCUCGGAAGCAAUCGAUUGCAAUCAACAAGAUUUAAUGUGUUCUUCUUGGGAACUUGAUAUCUGCCUGGACUACUUUUGUUGCCGCAACCCGUUUCUCUCUGGUUUGGAAGAGCUGAAUAAAGAGCUAGCCAAAGCUUUUGGCAAUGCAGUCUAUUCAUCGCUACUUUACAAAUCGUACGCAACGAGUGACCCUUUAAACCUGGCAUCUUUUCGAGAACAAUUGGCGUCUGUCUUACGAAAUGCCGAAGAUCCAUUGUACGAUGCAACAGCUUCAUUUGAGCUUUUACAGUCCUACUAUUUGUCAAGGGAAGAAGGAAUAUCUACGUUGAAAUUUUUACUAGAGAGUCUACCCAAUAAACCAAGCGAUAGACGUCAGCAGAUUGAUGCAGCGUUAGAAGUCUUACCGCAUAUUACCAUGCCACACGAUGCGAAAGAAUCGCUAAACAUGGCCAUAAUUCGCCCUCGGUUGGAAGCCGCUCGAAACCGAAUUCCGAAGUCGAGCUCUACGAGCCCCUUUCUUGUCACGGUUGCUCGUAGCACCGAUGACGGUUUCACGCCCGCCAAUCUUGUCGAAGAACUCCAAAACGCAAUACUUUCCAUGUUGCACGAUAUUUACUGUGGCUGUUCUAGAAAGCCUCGAACCGAAACUGCUUUGACUGUGAGUUCUGCGUGCCGUCUAAGGAUUCUUCUCGACUACGGUCCCUGGGAAGGGUCGACGCUCGAAACUAUAUACAGGUUGUAA